GUGUGUAACAGCAGAACUUGCUUGAGCAAAUCAACUCAUCACUAAAAAUGGGAAAGGUAAGAUUUAAAACCAUGGUUAGAUAUGUUUGAAAAAUAUAAAAAAAUGUACAGGUUAUUGCUGACAUGUUUGCAGCGAAAGACAUAGAAUCUUAUGUACUGUAAAGUUAAUUUUGAUAGGUAGAAUACAUAACAAGUUUAAAAAUCUAAACUAGAUAUUUGAAAAAUGUAGCUUAAACUCAAAACAACUCACCAAAAUCAGCUUACAUUUGUUUAUAGUCUUUCAAAUAUAUACAGCUAUACCUAGGUUUAUGUUGAAAAAAAAAAUUAACCUUCAGCAGUUUAUUCUUAAGUAAAUGUAUUAUCAUUUGUCACUUUCCACUGGUGUAAAGCUUUGGUAUUACACAAGAGUAAAGGCAUUUGCACAGAUGCUCAAUGUAUGCAGCGAAAGACAUAGAAUCGUAUGUACUGUAAAGUUAAUUUUGAUAGGUAGAAUACAUAACAAGUUUAAAAAUCUAAACUAGAAAAAAAAUUAACCUUCAGCAGUUUAUUCUUAAGUAAAUGUAUUAUUAUUUGUCACUUUCCACUGGUGUAAAGCUUUGGUAUUACACAAGAGUAAAGGCAUUUGCACAGAUGCUCAAUGUACUGAGAAAUGCAUAUAUUAAAAUCAGAUACAACAUUUAUUUGUAAAAAUAUAAAAACGUUUCAGCAAAAUAAAGUAAAUGCUAAUUUAAAAAAUCUAAAGCCUAUAAUUAUUUCCAUAGAUCAUUUUCUACGAGGAUCGUAACUUUCAGGGACGCUCUUUCGAUUGCAACUUUGAGUGUCCAGAUUUGUCCUCAUAUUUUCAGCGCUGCAAUUCCAUCCGUGUAGAAAAUGGAAACUGGAUCUUGUACGAGCAAUCCAACUAUAGAGGAUACCAGUAUUACCUUAGCAGAGGAGAAUAUCCUAAUUUUCAGCAAUGGAUGGGUUUCAAUGAUUCCAUCAAAUCAUGUCAUUUAAGCCCACAGGUAAAUACCUUUCACAGAAAGGUAAUGUUUCCUGAAACCUACAAGAAGUUUGUUACGAAGUUAAAUAUUAUAUAUUAAUAUAUUAUAUUAACUAAUUUGGGCCCAAUCUACAAAUUAUACAGGUUUCAAUUCUGAAAAAUAUAACCUUCUUCUUUAUGUAACAUUAUUAACUAUUGUAUGCAAUCUUUCAUUUCAUAACCGUAUUACUAUUUAGUCGCCAUAGGGAUAGGUAUCAGGAAAAACUGCUCUCAGAAUUAUUUGAUAUUUGCAUGACAUGUUACAAACUAUUAUACUGUUAUUUCAAAAUAUAUAUUUUUCUGGCUUCUCUUUAAGCACCAUGGCUCAUUCAGACUGAAGAUCUAUGAAAAGGAUAAUUUCCAAGGUGAGAUAUUGGAAUUUGCUGAAGAUUGUCCUAAUGUCUAUGAGAGAUUCCGUCACCAUGACAUCCACUCUUGCCAUAUAUUUCAUGGAUACUGGAUGUUCUAUGAGGAGCCUAAUUACAGGGGGCACCAGUAUUACCUGAGACCAGGAGACUAUAGAAGAUAUACUGAUUGGGGUGCCGUGAACUCAAAAAUUGGCUCUUUCAGAAGACUCUAUGAUUUCUAAUAAAAGAUAGUUAUGUUUAUUUCAUUGUAAAAUGUUGAAUUCAUUAAAUUUCCUAAAACAUUAA